ACUCACCGCGAAGAGCUUUCGUUUCAAGUGUGCGCGGCUCCCAGUGAAUGGCACCUCGUGGAAAGAAGCAGAGUUUGCAGCAGGACUGCAGUCACGUCAUUUAAGUGCUAGACUUUACCUGGAUGUGGCCGGCAAGCCAUAGCUAGUCAUGACAAUGUCCCACAUCUAGAGGAACGGCCACAGUAAUCUGUUUCGUGGGCGAGGGCAUAACAAACACACACCCACCAAAAAAUAGCCCAAAUCUAGUGCUUACUCAUCGUUUAAAAAUGGCUAGUAAUCCCUUUGACAGCGAUGAGGAUCAGAGUGCCGCCAGUGGGGAGAUCCUAGAGGGUUUCCUCUGUCCCAUUUGCCGGGCAGAUCUGAAAUCCAUUGAUGUACUCACGGAUCAUUUUGCGCGCCAGCAUGCCGAGGAGGAGGAUACCCUCAAGUCUGUGUUCAAUAUAUUUGUGAAGGCCAAGAAGAAAAUCCUUAAUAACUUUGAAGAUGAACGCGGUGCGGCGGCCUCCUCAUCUUCGACAGCGGGCGGACCAUCGGCCAAUUCCAAUGGAAACGGCGCUGACCAGCGGGUGCUGAGCAAUGCUCGCUCCCGUUUCAAUGUCUUUAACUACAUGUCCAAGCAGCAGGUCGGCGCCGAGUGUUCGCACUUUGAGUACUUUCAAUCUGUGCGCAAUCCUCGCCUGGAACGCUACGCGAGUGAGACGAACAAGCUGAUAAUACGAUUGCAUCGGCUGUUGAAAGACUUGCCCUCGGAUUCGGUGCAGCGCAAGCAGCACGAACAACAGACGGUGGCCUGGCUGGAUGGCAGUUCGGUGAAGCUCUGCCCCAGCUGUGCCAAGAGUUUCCACAUCGCCCGGAGACAGCAUCACUGCCGUCUCUGUGGCGGCAUUAUGUGCAAUGAUUGUUCCAAGUUCCUAGCCCUAGAGAAUGCCAUGCAAUUGGCCAGCCUCUCGACCAGUCGGAGCGAGCCAUUGCAGCAGAUGCAUCAGGGUGACCGUGCCAUACGCCUCUGCGAGCACUGCCUGUGGCUGCUGGACACACGACAGGACAUGCACGAGAGCCGCACAUGUCGCCCACUGCUCGUACAGGUCUAUGAGCAGAUCCGGCAGCUGCAAAAGGAUGUCACCCCAGACCUGGACAUGUAUCUGAAGAUCAUCAACAGCCUGCACGAGGGGGAGACUAUAUUCACCAUUUCGGAUGCAAGCGCGUUGCGCGGCAAGAUUGGCCAGGUGGCUGAGACCAUGGAUAUGCGGAGUAAGCGCAUUCUGGCCAUUUACUGUGAACCCGGCAGUCGGGAGGAGUCUCUCAAGAAGGCCAUUCGCCUGAGCUGCAUCCAGGCCAUCAAGGAGCGGAUGUUGUCGCUGCCACCGCUGCCGGAUGAGGCGCUUAUCCAGCAAAUACAAGAACGAAAGCGUAUGGAGACGGAGCAGCGCAUCCUCACCGAACAGCGGAUGGCCAUGGAGGCGUAUGAGCGUUACGGCCUGGGUGCCACAAUCAUACAGUCGGGUGGGGGUCUGGAGAGCGGCAGCUUUGCUCAGGGGUCGGAUCUGCAAUCCAUUAACAACUGGUCUGCCCCGCAAGCCUCCACCUCAAAGUCCGGCCUGGACGAUCCCCUCAUUGAACAAAUCAAUAUUAUAAAGGGCUACAUUAAGCAGGCACGGCAGGACAUGAAUUUCGAGGUGGUGGAAACGCUGGAGCUGAACCUACGCGAGCUGCAGCGCGAGGUUUACGAGAGACAGCGCAAGUCCCAGAACAGUGCCGCCUCGCCCGAGGUCGAACAGCAGCAGCAGAACCAGUCCUAAAACAGUAUAUAUCUAUGUUGUAUAUAUGCAUUCCCGCAAAAUGACAAAUUAAAUAUACAUUUCAA